UACAUAUAACAAUAUAUAUAUAUAUAUAUAUAUAUAUAUAUAUAUAUAUAUAUAUAUAUAUAUAUAUAUAUAUAUAUUCUAUGACUCUGCUUCUGCAAUAAUUUUUCUGUUUCAAUAAAAUGUUGUCCCCUAGAGGAGAACAAAGUGAAAAUUAUGGAAAUGUUACUUUCAUCUCCUAAAGGAAAAUAUACAGUUCAACAUGCUGAAGGAAAAGUAUUAUUAAAUAAAAAUAUAAAAGUUGGGACUGGCCAAAGACCUUACAAAUGUGAAAGCAGUUUCAAGCAGUUUUCUCAAACACACUUGUUGAUACAUACUGGAGAAAAAUCUUGCAAUCAUAUUCGUGAGAAACUUCACAAGUGCGAAACUUGUUUAAAGCAGUUUAUUACUAAAUAUGAGUUGAAAAGCCAUUUGAGAUGGCACACUGGAGAAAAACCGUAUAAGUGUGAAACUUGUUUAAAGCAGUUUGUUACUAAAAGUAAUUUUAAUGUACAUUUGAGAGUACACACUGGAGAAAAACUGUACAAAUGUGAAAUUUGUUUACAGCAGUUUAGGACUGCAAGUAUUUUGAAAAGACAUUUGAGAUGGCACACUGGAGAAAAACCAUACAUGUGUGAAAUUUGUUUAAAGCAGUUUAUUAAUACGAGUGCUUUGAAAAUUCAUUUGAGAAUACACACUGGAGAAAGACCAUACAAGUGUGAAAUUUGUUUAAAGCAGUUUAGUAAUACAAGUGGUUUUAAAACACAUUUGAGAGUGCACACUGGAGAAAAACCAUAUACGUGUGAAAUUUGUUUCAAGCAGUGUAUCACUGCAAGCGUUUUGAAAAGACAUUUGAGGAUACACACUGGAGAAAAACCUCACAAGUGUGAAAUUUGUUUUAAACAGUUUAGUAAAGCAACUAGUUUGGAAACACAUUUGCACGUGCAUACUGGAGAACAACCAUUCAAGUGUGAAAUUUGUUUCAAGCAGCUUUCUGGAGCAAGUCAUUUGAAAAGACAUUUGAAGUGGCACACUGGAGAACAACUUCACAAGUGUGAAUAUUGUUUAAAGCAGUUUAUUAGUGCAAGUGAUUUGAAAAGACAUAUAAAAAUACAUACUGGAGAAAAACUUCACAAGUGUGAAACUUGUUUAAAGCAGUUUAUUACUACAAGUGAUUUGAAAGUACAUUUGAGAGUACACACUGGAGAAAAACCAUACAAGUGUGAAAUUUGUUUAAAGCAGUGUAUUACUACAAGUGAGUUGAAAAGACAUUCGAGAACACAUACUGGAGAAAAACCUCACAAGUGUGAGAUUUGUUUUAAACAGUUUAGUGAAGCAGGUACUUUGAAAACACAUUUGAGGGUGCACACUGGAGAAAAACCCUACAAGUGUGAAAUUUGUUUAAAACAGUUUAGUGAUGUAAGUAAUUUGAAAACACAUUUGAGAGUACACACUGGAAAAGACUACAAAGCUGAAACUUCUUUAGAGCAGUUUACUACUGCAAGUGAUUAAAAACACACUUGAGCACGCAUUGGAGGAAAAUUUCACAAGUUUGAAAUUUGUUUUAAACAGUUUAUUACUAAAAGUAAUUUGAAAACAUGUUAGAGUGCACACUGAACAUUUACCAGACCAGUGAGUAAUUUGUUUUAAGUAGACUCAGUGUUACAUUCUAAAAGAAUUAACACCUUGGAUGUGUUAAGCGGCUAUACAUCCAUGUAUAAUUGGUUGCAUAUGCCUGUUAGGCGCCUAUUUGAUUCCGUGUAUUGACGGUUCUCAGUUCUAGGGGAGAUCCAUUUUGGCUUGUGUGUCGUCAGCGUUUUGAACAAUACAGACCACACUUCGUCAAUCGACAAUCUUUUCUGAGU